AUGCAGAACCUGGGAAUUUUGGGCAUUAUGCGCCUGCUUUCUGGGCUCUGGGGAGAAUUGGCUUUAAUUCUGCUGCUUCCCCAGCAUGGCGUUGUGCGAGGAUCUGGAUUCCAGGACGAUCGUACUGGUUACGCUGCGCCUGGAGAGCACAUACACCAGCAAAGACUACAGUCAGUCUCUUACAACGAGUCGACGAGUGAAAAAGACUUGGAAGAGUCAUCAAUUAUGGGUUGGGGCGGAGAUUUGACUCUAGUGAACGGUUCGCCGUUCAGGUGGAUUUUAAACAGCCAACACUCAUAUCAAAUGGACACAUGGAUAUGGCCAACAAUCAACGCUGGUAUGAACAAUUCUGAACUAGAAACGACACCGCCACUGACUAAAAAAGGCCAAGCAUCCAGAGUCUAUGUGGAAUUCGGGACCAGAGGAAGCACCCGUGACGAUGCGGGUGAGGCCUACUACAGUAUCGAUGAAACAUCGGACAAGUUCACAGUAUUGAGUCGAAAGCCUUCAGACUACAAGCUCACCAUAUCUUUGGACGGUAUGUCGACGAAGCAGAGUUCGCAAGGAGCAAAGAUCGACCUGGGCUUUCGGCACAACGCUGCAGUCAACUGGAUCAUGUCUGUGGACGAAGCAGGUAAUUGGUGGUCGAACAGCGGUACGUAUUCGGAUUGGAUGCAGCAAAGUCUGGGCUCGUUGGCGAAUAGAACCUUGAAGCACAUCUGCAUGCCGGGCUCUCACGAUGCAGGCAUGGGUACCUUCAAACCUGGUACCAUCGGUGCGCACUUUGCGAACACCCAGACACAAUACCUAAAUUUCUAUCAACAACUAAUGGCCGGAUCACGGUAUUUUGACCUUCGUCCAGUGCUCUCUCGAGGGGAAUGGGUAGCCGGUCACUAUGGCCAAGUUGGCGACAUCUGGCUUGGUGGUAAUGGGCAGACGCUUGAAGAGAUCAUACGUCAGAUCAACGACUUUACAGCAGAUUACCAAGAGCUCGUCAUCAUAAAUUUAAGCCACACGCUCGACACAGACAACAAGUACAAAGACCUUACCCAAACGCAAUGGAACGAUCUCUUCACUACACUGAAGAGCAUCAACGACCGCUAUAUUCUCGAAAACCCAGGCACCACUGAUCUCUCUGAUAAACGCCUAGGAGAAUUCAUCACCGACCGUGCUUCAGUCCUCGUGGUCGCCCAGAUACCUGAAGAUAUAACACUAGGCGACUUUGCAAGCCAGGGUUUUUACUCCGGUCGUAAUUUUCCGUUCUACGACGAAUACAGCAAUAGCAACAACCUUGCCAACAUGAAGAGCGAUCAGUUAGCCAAACUAAAGCAGAAUCGAAACAUCGUGAGGGAAGAAAAUGAGAAGAAGGAUGCUUUCCACAUCUUCUCCUGGACGCUGACGCAACAACCUGAAGACGUACUGAAUUUUGACAAAGCCAUCAUGAAUAUGGCCGCGUCAGCCUUCGACGAUCUAAUAAGCGAAGCCUGGAACGCUUUUACGCCGCAAAGCUUCCCAAACGUAUUGUUCGUAGAUAGUCUUGGAGUCAGGGAUAAGAGUGUGGUUUUCCCGUUUGACAGACCAAAGCAGGGCUUACAUCCCAACUCUGAUAUUGCUGCAUUUGCUGUUGCAGUAAACAACGGGAUCGCGGGGAAGAACGGAAUUGUCACUGGGAGACAAAUGAAAAGGGGGACUUAA